UCAUCUUUCCUCCUUGCACGUAACUUCUCAAAGUCUUUUAAAUUCAAACAAAAAUGUUAGUGUUAAAAUUCUUAAAGAAGUUUCAACUAUUGGUAUCAAUUUUGGGUAUUGUUUUAAGCAGUCAAUUAGUUUCGGGGCAGAUUAGUAGAGCAUGUAGCGGUGCAAUGUUACGUAGCUUUAGCCCUUGCAUAAACUUCAUUACUAAUGGUGGGAGCAAUUCUUCACCAACUUCAGAUUGUUGCCCAUCUCUUAAGUAUGUCAUGAGUAAUGGCACAGAUUGCAUCUGCCUUAUUGUUACUGGAAAUGUUCCUUUUCGCGUACCCAUUAACAGGACAUUAGCACUUUCCCUACCCAAAGCCUGCAACAUGGCUGGUGUCCCCCUCCAGUGCAAAGCAUCUGCUUCCCCUAUUCCAGCUCCAGGUCCAGCUGCCUUAGCACCAACAAAAUCUCCUAGAUCAUCUCAAAGGCCUAAGCCACCUCCAUCUCCUAGUCCUGAAGCUGCCAAUGUUCCUCAGCCAUUCACACCUUCUUUUGGACCAGUGGCUGAUACAACACCAGGUAAUCCUAAUACAGGUUUAACACCACCUUCCCCAACAGACAGCUUUGGAAACCCUGAUGAUAAUUCAGGAUUCAAGCCUGAUUUGACACCAUCAACGGCCCCAUCUUCUGAUAGAUUUUCAACAUUUGUUCUUCUAGCAGCCUGUGGAACAAUGGCUUUGAAGUUCUACUAAAUUGGCAACCCAAUUUAUCUUUUUUUCCCCCUUUUUUUUAAAAAAAAAAAAGAAAAGAAAAGAAUUAGAGAGCUUGCUUGUAGUUUAUAAUCAUUCUUUGGAGAUGUGUAUACAUGAGUUUUGCACUGUUUUGAUAAUGUCCAUUGUGGUCAAGUUUCAUAGAAUAUUAAUGAAUAUGAGGUUUCAAGAUGUCAGUCUUGACGUUGACGUA